AUGGGGGACACCAAUGAUGACGUAAAUGAUUUGAUUGAAAUCAAUAUGCACACUUCUGAAGAAUUCCAGGCCGACGAAUCGCCAUUGGAGCAGCCGCAAGAGAACGCUCGAGAACGUGAGAAUAGCCGCUGUCAGGAGGCGAAAGAUCACGAUCUUGAGAAUCAGCAGGCCCAACCUCAUCAAAACCUUAAACAAGACACGCAGCAGGAGAAAAGUGUCGUGGGGGACCCCACGGUGAUAAUUCAGAAGCUUCAACAACAAAUCGAGGAGCUUCAGAAGAACAGUCAGCAGCUACUCAAUCAACUUGCAGAGAUCAAAUCGCAAAAUGCAUCGAUUCAGAAGACAAAUAACGAGCUUCAGCCUCAAAACCCUCAAGUGGACGAGGCAUCUACAAAAGUUAACCAAAUUCUAAAAAAAUUAGAAUGGCAGAUUUCCAAAAAUGCGACCUUAGAAGACCAUCUGGAAGAGCAGGAUAAAUCCACGAAGUUUAUCAUUCAGGAACUAGAACAGCAAAUUGCAGAGCUUGAUCUUGGUCUUUUCCGCAAUGAGCUUGAGGAGAAGGAGCGUGCAUACCUAGAGGAAAUAGGCCGUGUGGGACAAAGAGUCCACAACCUUUACACCAAUAUUACCUGUUCCCUUUGCCAAGCUCCGUGGACAUCUGAGGGGGAACAUCGUCUGAUUUCGUUGUACUGUGGACAUCUAUUUGGGAAAAUAUGCAUUGAGCGACUUCCUGAAUGCCCAAUUUGCGGAUUGGCAUUUGGUUCAACAGAUAUGCGCUACAUCUAUGGUCGCAACAUCUUGCCAGCAGAUUAG